UUUGCCCUAAAAUCACUUUCCCGGGAAAAUCUUAAAAAAAUACAAAAUCAAAAUUGAGAAAAAAAAAAUGUCACAAGGCGAUACAGUACCGCUUCAUCCAUCAUCAUCAUCUCAAUCAGACAUCGACGAGAUCGAGAAUCUGAUUAACGAAAGCGUUCAAUCAGGUCCCGGAACCGUUCUCGCCGCUCGUCCACCGAGCCCAACGAGGCCAUCGAUUCCUGUUUCUUCUUCUCCGUUUAUGCAAUCGAAUCUUCCACCGCUUCAUCCGUCUUCAUCAGCUCAGAAAGUGACACCUGUCCCCGUACCUCCGCCUCUUCCGGUGGUAAGUAAUUCCAGCAAUUCUCAAGGAGUCUCACAUACGAUUGGAGCGAGUGCUUUUGGAUCUCCGCCUAACACGUUGACUGAGCCUGUGUGGGAUACUGUGAAGCGAGAUCUGUCUCGGAUCGUGAGUAAUUUGAAGCUUGUGGUGUUUCCUAAUCCGUAUAGGGAAGAUCCUGGGAAGGCGCUUAGAGAUUGGGAUCUUUGGGGUCCCUUCUUCUUCAUUGUGUUCUUGGGAUUGACUCUUUCAUGGUCAGCUUCUGUUAAGAAGUCCGAGGUAUUUGCAGUGGCAUUUGCCCUAUUAGCAGCAGGAGCAGUGAUCCUUACACUAAACGUGCUUCUCCUGGGCGGACAUAUAAUCUUCUUCCAGAGCCUGAGCCUUUUAGGUUACUGUCUAUUUCCACUAGACGUUGGAGCCGUGAUCUGUAUGUUGAAAGACAAUGUGAUACUGAAAAUGGUAGUUGUGUCUGUAACACUUGCCUGGAGCUCUUGGGCUGCUUACCCAUUCAUGAGCUCGGCGGUUAACCCGAGAAGAAAAGCACUCGCUCUGUACCCCGUUUUCCUCAUGUAUGUGUCAGUCGGUUUCCUCAUCAUCGCCAUCAAUUGAAAAAUCCAAUUUUGAGAAUUUUUUUCAUACAUACACACAAACCAUCGUAAGAUCUGAUGGUCAUGUAUAAACAUGUUCUUUGACCUUUUUUUUUUGGUUUUGGCUAAAGAAAUCCUAACUUGUAUGUGCCUUGCUCUAUCUGUUAUUAAACUUACGUUAUAUCUUUUAUGACAUGAAUACAAAUUUUUUA